AUGCAGGCUGAAAUAAACAAUGAAAUUCCUCAAAGCGUGUCCCCACCAGAAAAUGAUAACGCUACAUCAGAUUUGGAAAACAAUAAAUCAGAAACACAAAGCAUCGAUCAAUUCAAGCCAACAACAAUAACCGAAGCUAUCCCAGUGGAACCAAUUAUGCUGGGUAAUGUAAAAUCUGACUUGCAAAUUAUUUAUCCAAGCGAUAAUAAUGUCAAUGAUCCUUUGUCGUCUGCUCCCAAUUUGGUUAACUGUGAUCUACACGUAAGUUUAGACAAAGCAGAUGAUAGUGUAAUAAAUGAGGCUAGUCCAGUGGAUGGAGCAAAAUCGUUAGGUAAUUUAUGCAACAAUUAUUGUAUGCGAUCUGAUACGUAUAUUGAAGAAAUAGCAAGGCCCAGUAAUACAAGAACUGUGGACACAAGUAAAGUAGAGCAAGUCAUGAAACCCCGGCAAUCCAAUGCAUGGUUAAAUUUUUUGCCCUUUAUUGAAGUUCCUUAUACAAACCACUUUCAAGAAAGAAAAGUGACCCG